GAGGAACGAGCUCAAGAAGAUGCCCUGUGAUCCGGUCGGUCAGGCUGUGGUAUUCGGAUUUACAUUCUGGUCUUUCGCGGUAUUCUUUUAACUUGGUUGCUGCACAUGAAUAUUACUAGAAAGGCACUGUGGGAUUAUCCUAGCGUCGCCUGGACCAUAGGUAUCAAACCACUGGUGACUGCGUCAGUUGACCGCCAGUCCGACCAGGUAUGGUCAAGGAGUCCUACAUGCUCAGUCAGUUACCGGUUUGCUCUCAGAUGGGUUUGGAAAAUACCGUACAAGUGUCUCCCAGAAGCCCAUCAUGUCCACCUUCCUCGCAUCCUCAUGGAUCUCUACCUUUUCAAUCCGAACAACAGACUACGGGUCCCGCAGCGCCCAGAUGUGUGUUACAGUCUGAAAUAAACAGGCACAACAUGCUUGUUCUAGACCAGGUAUACCCUAAAACAUCAUUGGGCGGCACGGAGGAGAAUCCGGCCAUAUCUUUGAGAAUGUUGCAGAUGAUCUAAAAAUGGCUUUUUAUUACAAACUUUCUUUGCCU